AGAUGGUGAAGGUUUUCUUCUAGUUUAUUCCAUAUCUUCGCGAUCCACAUUCGAACGUGUAGAACGAUUUCAUGAUCAGAUUAUUAGGGUAAAAGAUAAUGAACCAGUUCCACUUAUGCUUGUUGGUAAUAAAUGUGACAAAAUUACUGAACGAGAGGUCUCACGAGAAGAAGGAAUGAAUAUGGCAAGAAGACUCAAAUGUGAUUUCAUUGAAAGUUCCGCAAAGACAUGUGUAAACGUGGAAAGGGCGUUUUAUGGAGUGGUCAAAAUGAUAAGGCAAAACAGAGAGGGCGGAAAAGAUAGCAGAAGGAGUAAGAAGAAAGCAAAGUGCGCAAUUUUAUAA